CUAUUUGUUUAUAUGAUCUCCACUUAAAUUGUUCGAAGUCUUCUCCUUUUUGUAUACUUCAUGCUUUGUUAGCAAGGACACGAGGAGGCUAUGUUUUUAUAACUUGUGCAGACCACAUGCUUACUUCUUGAACGAUCGGUUAUUAUAACAGUCAUUGUGUGUCUCCGAAGAUGAGUUCAAGAACUGGAAUUUUUAAGCUCUUGCUUUUGCUUUUGUUCCAUGUUUGUUUUGUUUCUGCGUUCACAGACGGUUCUGACUUUACUGUUUUAGAAACCCUGAAGGGUGAAUGGAAGACGCUAUCCGAGAAAUGGAAAGGCUCUGAUCCUUGUGGAGCCGAAUGGGUUGGAAUUUCAUGUAACAAUAACCGCGUUGUGAAUAUAUCACUAGGCAACCUUAACUUGCAAGGAAAGCUUCAUGAAGAUAUUUCGAACUUGUUCGAAUUGCAGAUCUUGGAUUUGACAUCCAAUCCAAAUUUGACUGGACAGCUUCCACUAAACAUUGGUAACCUCAAGAAGUUGACUAUCUUGAACCUUAUGGGAUGUAAUUUUACUGGUCAAAUCCCUGAUUCCAUAGGAUCUCUAGAACAACUUAAAACCUUAUCCCUGAAUUUGAAUAAUUUUACUGGAGACAUUCCUCCUUCCAUCGGACGGUUAUCGAAACUUUACUGGUUUGAUAUAGCUGACAAUAAGAUUGAAGGAGGGCUUCCAGUUUCUGAUGGGAAAUCUUCACCUGGACUUGACAUGCUUCAUGCAGUUGGACAUUUUCAUUUUGGAAAUAACUUGCUUUCAGGUGAAAUCCCAGAAAGACUCUUUAACUCAAACAUGACUUCGCUAAAACAUGUGCUAUUCGAUAAUAACAAAUUCAGCGGCAAAAUCCCAGACAACCUCAGUCUCCUUAAAUCGUUGGAAGUGUUACGGCUUGAUAGGAAUAGACUUAGUGGAGAUAUUCCUUCAAGUCUUAAUAAUCUCACAAAUCUUGCGGAACUGCAUUUGGCUGACAACAAAUUUACAGGUAGUCUACCAAAUUUAGCCAACUUGACAAAUCUCUACACUUUAGAUGUGAGCAAUAACCCGUUGACAGUAUCGCCCAUUCCAUCAUGGAUCGCUUCAUUACGCUCGCUUUCAACAUUAAGGAUGGAAAGGAUCCAGCUUGACGGUCCAAUACCAACCUCUCUCUUUAACCCUUUUCAGUUGCAGACUGUUAACCUAAAGCACAAUCUUAUAAACGCAACAAUUGACCUUGGUACAAACUUUAGCAAGCAGUUGGACUUUGUUGAUUUACGAGACAACAAAAUAAUUGGUUAUAAAGAAGCAGCUAAUAGCCGCAUCGAAGUAAUGUUGGCUGAUAACCGAGUGUGCGAAGAUGUGGCUAACCGGCUUAAUCGCUACUGCAACGCAGUCCAACCAAGUUCCUCAUUUUCUACCGUCACAAACUGUCGUUCCCCUUGUGGUCAAGACAAGGAACCAACCUCAGCUUGCCGCUGUGUGUAUCCACUUAAAGGAGUAUUCACCUUAAGGUCUCCUUCAUUCUCAGGGUUUUCAAACACCAGUUACUUCAAUGCGUUCCAGCUGAGUUUAACGGCUUUCUUUAAGAAUGGCAAUUAUCCAGUGGACUCCGUGGCCAUGAGAGACAUAAGGGAGGAUAAAAAUAAUUAUAAUCUUCUGAUAAAUCUCUUGUUCUUUCCAUUGAGAGAAGAGCGUUUUAAUCAGCAGGACAUGAAGACUAUUAUUUCUGCAUUUAGCACGCAGUCUUAUAAGCCUCCCGAAAGAUUUGGCCCUUAUAUUUUCGUCGCUGAUUGGUACCCCGAAUUCUCUGGAGGUUCGAAGUCAGUACACAUGGGCAUUAUAAUCGGAGCUGUUGUUGGUGCCGCGGUUCUUCUGUUGUUGUUGACUAUAGCUGGGAUCUACGCUCUUAGGCAAAGGAGAAGAGCUGAGAGAGCAACUGAUCAAAUUAAUCCUUUUGCCAAGUGGGACGCGGGUAAAAACAACACAGAUGCUCCACAACUAAUGGGAGCAAAAGCCUUUACAUUUGAAGAGUUGAGCAAAUAUACUGACAAGUUUUCAGAAGCAAAUGACGUUGGGGGUGGAGGCUACGGACAGGUGUACAAAGGUGUUCUUCCUUCUGGUCAACUCGUAGCAAUCAAAAGAGCUCAACAAGGAUCUAUGCAAGGAGGGUUAGAGUUUAAAACAGAGAUUGAGCUUCUUUCAAGGGUCCAUCACAAAAAUGUUGUCAGGCUCUUGGGAUUCUGUUUUGAUCAAAGCGAACAAAUGCUUGUGUACGAGUACAUACCUAAUGGCUCUCUUAGAGACGGUCUAUCAGGAAAGAAUGGGAUUACACUUGAUUGGACAAGAAGGCUCAAAAUAGCACUUGGCUCAGGGAAGGGACUAGCUUAUCUUCAUGAGCUUGCUGAUCCUCCAAUUAUACACAGAGACGUCAAAUCAAACAACAUCUUACUCGACGAAAAUCUUACUGCUAAGGUCGCCGAUUUCGGCCUCUCCAAACUUGUGGGAGACCCUGAAAAAGCUCAUGUCACAACACAAGUCAAAGGAACAAUGGGCUACUUGGAUCCUGAGUACUACAUGACGAAUCAACUGACCGAGAAGAGUGAUGUGUACGGGUUUGGUGUAGUGAUGCUUGAACUAUUAACAGGUAAAAGUCCAAUAGAUAGAGGCAGCUACGUUGUGAAAGAGGUAAAGAAGAAGAUGGAUAAAACAAGGGCUUUAUACGACUUGCAAGAAUUGCUAGACACGACGAUCAUCGCAAACAGUGGGAAUAUAAAAGGGUUCGAGAAGUACGUAGACGUGGCUCUGAGAUGCGUGGAGGCAGAGGGAGUUGAUAGACCAUCGAUGAGUGAGGUGGUUCAAGAAAUUGAGAGCAUACUACGGCUUGCGGGAUUAAACCCUAACGCCGAGUCAGCAACAUUCGACGAAGCAUCCGGUGAUCCUUACGGCCAAGGAUUCGUUUGAAUACACAAGCUAGCUUCAUCAAAACCCUAACACAAUGUUUGAUAAACUGUUUUUUUUUUUGGGCAAUUUCGUAAGUGAUGUUUGAACUGCAUUGCCAAUGUGUACGUACUAGCAUGAUUUGACAUGUUAUUAUGCGGUCGCUGAUAAUAAAGUGUAAGUAAUUAAGAUCCAAACAUAUAAAUUAAAUAAAAUCAAGCUUAUUAUA